AGAAUACAAGUUGUAUUUACAAUUUCCUAAUCAGGAAGACAGAGAACGGCGUGGAUGCACAAGUGCGGCGAUGUUUUGCGCACCGCAGCGCACUCGACCACCGCUGACCGCCUCUCGUCGCCUGCUUCAGCCCAGACACCCAUCCGCGCUCUGUUCACCAGCAAUCAGCACAGUCGACAGCAUUAAUCACGAUGGAGGAGCUUGGAAUCAUCGCAGACAAACAGGCGGCGCCUGCAAAGCCCGUGAAAUCAUCAUCCACACCCCCAAAGCCCGCCGGAUCCCCAGCACUACCCACAGAUCCGUACUCGCGUCUAAAGAAACUCGAACGCGAGCUCGAGUACAUCAAUCUGCAGGAAGAAUACAUCAAAGACGAGCAGCGCAAUCUCAAGAGCGAGCUGAUCCGCGCACAGGAAGAGGUCAAGCGGAUCCAGUCCGUGCCGCUUGUUAUCGGGCAGUUCCUGGAGCCGAUCGACACGCACACCGGCAUUGUUGGGUCAACGACCGGAUCGAACUACGUCGUGCGGAUCCUGUCGACGCUCGAUCGCGAGCUGCUGAAGCCGUCGUCGUCGGUGGCGCUGCAUCGCCACUCGAACUCGCUGGUGGACAUCCUGCCACCGGAGGCGGACUCGAGCAUUGCGAUGCUGGGGGCGGACGAGAAGCCGAACGUGAGCUACGCGGACGUCGGCGGGCUGGACAUGCAGAAGCAGGAGAUCCGCGAGGCGGUCGAGCUUCCGCUUACGCACUUUGAGCUGUAUAAGCAGAUCGGAAUUGAUCCGCCGCGGGGUGUGCUGCUCUAUGGACCACCUGGGACGGGCAAGACGAUGCUGGUGAAGGCGGUAGCGAAUUCGACGACGGCGUCGUUCAUCCGCGUGGUCGGGUCUGAGUUUGUACAGAAAUACCUUGGCGAAGGGCCGCGGAUGGUGCGGGAUGUGUUUCGGCUUGCGCGGGAGAACUCGCCGGCGAUUAUCUUUAUCGACGAGAUUGAUGCGAUUGCGACGAAGCGAUUUGACGCGCAGACGGGAGCGGACCGAGAGGUGCAGCGGAUUUUGCUGGAGUUGCUCAAUCAGAUGGAUGGAUUCGAUCAGGGGUCGAAUGUGAAGGUGAUUAUGGCGACGAACCGAGCGGACACGCUUGAUCCGGCGUUGCUGCGACCGGGCCGUUUAGACCGAAAGAUUGAGUUUCCUAAUCUGCGAGACCGGCGUGAGCGACGGUUGAUCUUUUCGACGAUUGCGAGUAAGAUGUCGCUUGCGCCAGAAGUUGAUUUGGACUCGCUUAUUGUUCGGAAUGAUCCAUUGUCGGGCGCGGUGAUUGCUGCGAUCAUGCAGGAGGCGGGACUGAGAGCUGUGCGCAAGAACCGAUAUGUGAUUUUGAACUCUGAUUUGGAGGAGGCGUAUAACUCGCAGGUGAAGACGUCGAGUGAUGUGGAUAAGUUUGAGUUUUACAAGUGAUUAUAUAGUGGAGAUCACAGUUGCAUCUCUUUUUCAAUGUGUAUAAUAUACAUACAAUUACUUAUGAUGCCUCCUGGUGUAUGUAGUAGAUGUAGACUAC